GCUGAGGCGGCGGCCGCCAUGGCGUGGCGCGGCGCCUGCGCCGCGGGCAGCUGCCGGCGUCUGGUGAGCCGCUCUCUGCAGUGCAGGCGCUUCCACGCAGCGACGGCGUUCCUCAGGAGAAAGACUGGAGCGGAUCACCAGUGGCUGGAACGACAUUUGAAGGAUCCCUUUGUCAAGGCAGCAAAACAGCAGAAUUACCGUUGCCGAAGUGCCUUCAAAUUACUAGAGAUAGAUGACAAGUUUCGCAUCCUUUGUCCAGGAUUUUCUGUUCUUGACUGCGGAGCUGCGCCUGGUGCUUGGAGCCAGGUUGCUGUACAGAGGGUCAAUGCCUUAGGUACUGAUCCUACUGUCCCUACUGGUUUCGUCCUUGGAAUUGACCUUCUGCGCAUUUCCCCACUGGACGGAGCAGUCUUCCUGUCAGAGGCUGACGUUAUGGACCCAAGCACACUUAGGAAAAUUCACAGUCUGCUCCCUGCAGAGAAGGUGGAUGUUAUCUUGAGUGACAUGGCACCUAAUGCAACAGGCAUCAAAGACCUGGACCAUCAGAAGUUGAUCAACUUGUGUUUAGGCCUUCUGAAUCUGUCUCAAAGUGUUUUAAAGCCAAAAGGAACUCUACUCUGUAAAUUUUGGGAUGGACAGGAGUCCCGCCUUCUUCAAGGCAGACUGAAGGAGCAGUUUAAAGAUGUGAGAACUGUAAAGCCUCAGGCCAGCCGACAGGACUCUGCUGAAUCUUAUUACUUGGCAAGACUAUACAAAGGGAAAUGAAAGCUGAGAAUUGCAGAUUAUCAAACUGGUGAUCAGACACUGGUUGGAAAUUUUUGCUUGGCACAUAUUUAAAAUAAACUCCCAGCAUUAAGCCCCCCAACUUCAAAUGUUGCAUUGUUGAGCACAGUCUGGGGGAAUAUGCUGCAGUUCUUACAAAGAAUGCUUUUCAGAUACAAAAGUAAAACCAGAAUGGUGCCCUGCUGAGUUUAUCCACUAAUUGUGCAAGCAGAGACAUCCAAUAUAGCAUCUCACCUGUGGAGAAAACUGUCAGGAAUGGAGAAGAAUAAUCUGAAAGGCAACCUCUUGGGCUGGAGUAAUGGAAAUUAAAAUAAAACAGUGAUUAUAGUGUCUUUUUUUAAAAAAUGUGUGUGCUCGAAAAUCAUUGCGAUACUACUACUGUCAUAUUGGAGUCUAACCAUGAAGGCAGUUUCCAAAAUGAGAGGGAACAACGUGGGGAGUUUGAGCCAAUUUACUUCCUCUUUGUCUUUCUUAAAAGCUAGUGCAAUUUAUUAGCGUGUGUAAAAAUAGAUAACACUUCUGUGCAUGUCAGAAUCUGCAUUAUCACAUACAAUCUAUAAUGCAGGUGUUCAAUAUAUAUGACUCUGGCUCUGUGAUAUUGCGAAGCUUGAUGGCUUUACUGCAUUAGCUAAAGACACAUGAUAAAUUUAGAAAUUGUUACUUUAUUGUACUCAUAAAUCCAGCAAACGACAGAGGGUCAUCACAACUGAGAAGAUAAUUUUCCCUGUGUUUUCAGUAAUGUUUCAUAUUUCACCAGUGACGUUUAUUAGGUAAAACGGCAAGAUGUUUCUUGGGUCUCAGGUAAAAUUAUUGGUCGAAUUGCUAGAAUUCUGUUUGUGAAAAUAAACAUAGCUAUUAUCUUA